CUCACCACCGGACAGCCGCCCUUUUGCAUCCCCCGUCUAUCCCACGUUCGAUAUUCACGCGAUCUAGUAGUGCGAAAAGUGUACUUUUCGCACCGCAUAUGAUGUAGUCCCCGUUUGUUUUUUUUCUCUCUUUCUCUGGAAAAACUCUCACUCGCCGCCUCAUCACCUCGGAGGAAAAUCAAAAAAAAAAAGAAAAUUGUGUCCACAUAAUUAUGCACAGUGUGUUUGUGAUCGCGUUCGUCGCUCUGGUGGCUUUUUGUGGCGGACUGUCCACGCCAGCGUGUGUUUGUGAUACCAGGGAGUGCGAAAUCGUCAACGAGGUGGACUGUCCCGGCCUGGGGGUGGUCGUUUGGGACCCUUGCAAAUGUUGCCAAGAGUGUGCGAAAACGGAGGGCGAACCCUGCGGGGGCGACUUGGGCUUCAGCGGCACCUGCGAACCGGGGCUCAGCUGUCAACAGCCGGGCCCCACCCCCAGCGAGGGCACCUGCCGUCCCGUCAUAUUUGACAGCCACGAGGACACGUGAAACUCUUUUGUAUAUAUGUAAAUAUUUCACCCCUCCCCCCUCUCUUCAACCAGGCAGCGAAAUGAUGUAAAAACCGGAUCAGUUUAAUUGUAAAAGGGCGACGCUUUAUUGGCUUAUCAAUGUUAUAUUGUACAUAAUAUUUAUUAUAAAACCGAAGGGAUAAAUCCUACAGUUUUCAUCCCUCUUUCGGACAAUUUCAUCAUCGUCUUCUCUGGCCUAUUUGUGACUGCUAAAACAUUUUAACAAAAAAAAAUAAAUAAAUUAAAAUUGUGUAUAAAUUUGUGACAAUACUAUUAGGAAAUUAGCAACUAAGACGCUGUAUAUGGUAUUUAUUUGUUCCUGAGGACCUAAGACCCUGUAUGUACUUAAAACAAUAAAAUCCGUUUAUUUAUA